CCUGCACUCACUUCUCCCACAAAAAAGCUAAGUACUUUGGAGUAGAAGUCAUCAUUUUCUCUCCUGACUUUAUUUUCAUAAAUCUUUGUGGGGGGGGUCAUAGUGUGAGUUUCAAUGAAACGAUGAGAGCAGUUGACUGAAUCAAUAGUUGUGAGCUACCACUUAUGUGUUUAAGUAGAAGGUUAUUUUCCUCGUGGUAGUGGUUUUGUGACGCGCGCAACAUCUUGAACUAUGGGCGCACUACACGGUGAAGACGAGCCGCAGAAAAUCGGCGUGCGAGCACCUACCUACAAGACGCCCUCGUCGUCUUUUGACCGCUUAACUUCGUCCGUACUUACGAACACUACGAGUAGUCCCUCUAAGAUAGGCGGGAUUAUCACCAGAGCUGGCGGCGCUCAGGGGAUUCAGCAAGUCGACCAGCAUAGGAGGAGAACAGCAAUAGGAGGAGGACCUCUGUCGCCUGUUUCUGGCGUCGCGCCUCUACCAGACUACGUGAAAGACCGAUGUUCCCGACAGACCGUGAGUCAGAGGUUAGACCUCCUACGGCAUGCGGCAAACGAUGCGACCUCCAGUCCUAGUCGAUUUGAUCGGCCAGGAGGCAGAAGCGGGCCGUCCAGUCCGUCUCAGAAGAUUCUUAGAAGUGGUUUUCAACACGACGAAAAGCACUUCGAAGUACAGAGCGCGCUGUCAACUUCGCCGCCGGGAGGGCGACCAUUGAAGGUUCUUAACAAUUUUAAUUUACAGAUACUAAUUCUUGAUUUUGAUUCUGGCUGCUCUCUCAUGAUGUCAACAUUUUUGAUUGUUAUUUCACCUUUCAGAUGAGCGAUGCAGAGCGUGCAGAGAUGACAAGUCCGUCUAGACUGCGAGCCUCGCAGAAGAUCCGGACCAGCUUGUCGAAAGUACCAGAGCUUCUGAUUAGAGCUAACAACUACAAACCUGACAAGCAUGCAUUUAUGUGUAAGUAAGUAUCAAAUAAAGAUUUGAAUGCGAUAUGGAUAUCUUCAUCUGACGCUGACCAAAGCAUGAAUUUAUGUGUAAGUAUGUAAGUAAGUAAAUCAAAGAAUUAGACUGCCGCGCGGCAGUCUGCACUGAAAACUGUGCGAGAUUAGUUGUAUUGUAUUGCAUCUUCAUCUCCUGCAAACUAAAAGGUAAUCCUUCCUGAACAACGUGGAGCAGGUCUAGCGGGUACAACGGCUAUGCGAUCGAGGAGUAGUCCACCGAAGGACCAAUCACGCAGUGUUCCAGGACUGUCUGAUUUUUUAUCCUCCACUGCUGUGUCCUUCGCUAGUGGUGCAGCUGCAGCGACAUUUCUCGACGGGAAUCGGAGUAAGGGCACGCUCGAUGAUCCUAGUAUGGAUCGGACUUUUGCAGUUAUUGGUGGAGGAGCAAGCACUUUCUUAGGAGGUGGAUCACGUGGCGGAUCCAGUCCGCCUACCACUAAGAGUCUUCUGUCGCCGACAUCGAAACUCGGACUCAUGGUCGGCGAAGAUUUUACGUCUCGAAGUCGCCACAACCGGAAGGAGAAUCUGCCUUCACGAUUCCUCUUUCCUGGUCUUGAGCGCGAGUCGGAUCGUUUGCGCGAAGCCUCUAUGUCUCAAGUAAUUGCUGGAGGCGGAGGCGCAUCAUCUUCAGGAUCACAAGCGGGGGUAUCAGCAUUCUCUUAUUUGUCCGGGACAACCACGACACAGCAGCAACUUCAUGAACUUCCGACGAGUGGGGCAGCGACCACAACUUCUGCGACUAGUGGCCCAGCUUUAGGAGCUUCUUCAAGAACGCCUGUCGCCGUGAGUGGAGGCACGACAGGUAGCUUUUCACAUGGCCGAAUACGAGGAGGGCCUUUCUCGCGGUGGCGAGAGGCAAAGCUAGAAGCAGAGUACGACUCUCUGAUGAAAAGUUUAGUGCCUGUGCGCGAUGUCAUCUGGAACACCGCGUCUCCGAAGUCUGCGUCUGGCGGAGCAUUAACAGCAUUACCUCUAGGUGGGCCAUCGUCUUCUAGUACUGCAGUUGGUCUCUCGAGUAGUAGUACUAGUUGUACUGGUCGGUCUGGAUUCGUGCCUCAAGUUCAAGUAGGAGGAGUGCCUCAGGCAGGAACUGCGUGUAUUACUGCGGGAGCAGCUGCUGUGCGAUCUGCGGGAGGAGGAGGUCCUGACGUGUUGUCAGCAAGCCAUGCAGCGCGGGAUCAAAAUCAAGUUUCGGAUUCCUUCUGGUCACGGCGCCUGCCGUAUUGGGAGAGGCUAGCGAAGCAAAGCGAGAAAAGUUUUAUGGGUAGGUUAAAGGCGUUCGUGUUACCGUUUGUUUUGCCUUACCUAAGAAAGAAAGGCAGAACAAACGGGAAACAGAAACACGAAAACCCUACCUCUAAAAGUUCGACGACACUCGUGGGGCUGAGAUCGCAGAUGAUGGAUGAUCUGACUGCUACAGGCCUCGACCGCAUCAACUUGGCAGAGGACAAAAGCAGCAUCGAUCUUUUAGAAGAGCGGCUGCUGCGCUUGCGACGACCGAGUUUGUUCGGCGAUCUGCCGGCGGAGCCGAUUGCAGUCUCCUCGCACGCUAGGGCACUUUCAGUUCCGCCACCGCUUGACGCGUUUAGCGCAAAGGGAGAGCUCACGAGUAGUCCUAGCUCCAAAUUUUUAGAUCCGCGUUCGGCAAGUGCAGAACGACCAGCUUAUAGUUUGGGUGCUGUCGGACAUCAUCAGCCCUCUCCAAGUACUAGAAGUCCUUACAACACAAUGUCUGGAUCUGGCACAGGUGGAGGACGAGGACUUCAACAGCAGUCCUCACUGUCUCAAUUUGAGCUUCCAUUAGUAGAACAAAAACGGCAAAAAAAAAUGCAACAGCGAGAAGCAGAGCUGCUGAGAUAUGAGAGGCAUAAGGCAGCAGCGCGCGAACUGGCUGAGGUGAAUAAAUUGCUGAAGAGCUGCAAAAAUCGAUUUUUCACAGCAGAAGAGGUGUUGGAUUACCUCGAAGAGCGCACUUCGGUUCCUCCUGCUAUGAUAACUCCUACUGCGGAUCAGCUUGAUAAUUUGACCGUGACAACGCCGAACUACGAUACACCGACUACUAGUACUGGUCGUCCACCAGGAGGACAGCGCAGAGAUACGAGUCAAUCAGGAGGAGGAUUGGUUCGACAGUCACAGUUUCCUCGCGGACAGGGGACCACUAGCAGUGCAGCAGCUCCUCUUGGACGAGGUAACAACAAGGCUUGCAACGUCGUGAUCAACCCACAUCACGGUCCGAAGCGGUCCCGACAGCAGGAAAUUGAAGAUCGACUCCGUAGUCGUAGUGCAGGUCCGCCAGGAGUUGUCCAAGGAUCAUCGAGCUGCGUUGUACCUUCGCAGGGGAGGCACGGACGACCAUUACCGACGCCACUAAGUAGUACAAUAGAAGAUGGUGGUCCGCGAAGUCGUAGUGAGGAGCGAAAUCGCCUGGGAGGUGGUGUCGCAGACGUGGCGCGGCGCCGCUUUCAGCCGUCGCCUGGUCUGCAGAGGGAUGCACUGAGUGCGACUGUCGAUGGACAAAUACGAAGUGCUGCUGCAUCUGUAGAGGAAUUAAGGCUUACCGUGUUCAUCUUCAUACUACUCAUUUAAUAUACUCAGUAAGGUAAACGCUGGCUUCUCGCUGCGUCUGUUGAUUUGAUGACUCUACGCAGGGUGAUUUUGAGUUAUUCGACACUGCGAAAAAAGGUUUGAAGUUCGUAAGAAACUGUUGACACCUCUUCUAAGAACCGCAGCUCCGUUGAAAGGCAGCAGGAGUCACGAGCAUCUGCUUUAUCGAGAGGCAGUUGGACAGCGGAAGCACCAUUACAUCCCUCAGGCGACAACGAUUGCAUCACGUGGGAAACGUCGAGAUGGCCAGGAUCAUGGUGAUGUCCUCUCGUCGAGCAUCGGUUCGAGCGUCGGUGGCAAGGGACCUCCAGGUCAGCAUGUCGUUGUCGGUGAGGGCAUCAUCUAUCGCGGGAGUCGUCGGAGCGCGUCAGCAUCGACGACGAAGAAGGUGAAGUCCUCUGGCAGUGGGGGCUAUUAUCCCACUGCUGGAGGCGGGAGCAAGGCCAGACGAGGAAUGUUGGCUUCGUCGCCGGGAGCAGGAAAGGAUGGAGCAGACAGGAGUAGCUACCACCAGUCUGUGGGCUAUAAUCCAGACCGACGGAUUUACACGAGGACUACGCGCGCUGGGAGCAAAGACGCGCCGCCGCCCACUAGUGUCGGCGCUCGCGCUGCGUACCUGUCCGCCCUUAGUGUCGCGGAUGAGGUGGAGCGGGUCGGCGAACAAGGACCUCCUGGAGUCGUGCGGCAUCCACCUCUAGAAGCAGACCAUUAUGAGCCGCCAUCUGAAAUAUUACCAGUUGCACCCGGUGCAUCGGAUGAACCUAUUUACCUUACGUUGGAGCCUACGAGUCGGAACAAUGCUAGUAGUGGGAGACAAAAGAACGACCAAGCAAAGCAGAAGGGACGUUCAAACUCAGCUCAUGGGGGCAGGAGUCAGCGGCGUGGCAGCGCGCCUGCGGCGCUGGCGUCCCCAGGAGUGAUGGAGGACAGGAGAAACGAGGUAGAGCCUGACUACGACGAGUUUAGCGCUUGGUAUGUGAAACCAGAAAAAACUACUGCUCCAUCUGGAGGACGCAGCGGCAAAGGCAAAGCUGGUGGAGCGAAGAAGAAGAACAAGAAAGUAGAACAGGCUUCGCGUGCGGAUGUUGGAAUGUCCUCGAGUCGUACUACGAGACCAGCGGGCCCACGAGACCAGGAGAAAGAGCGUCAACGGAGACGCGAGCCGGCUUCUAAUAAUGAGUUCGAGUUUGCAGAGAUGCAGGUCGUUGAAGAUAAAAGUCGAGGGUCGAAAAAGCACGCCUCUAGUAGUACUCAAGCUGGGCUUUCUUCAUCGUCUGCAAAUGUAGAGUUUCAGCAACAUUCAGGAACAAUCGAUAAUAGAGGAACAACGCAGCCUUUCGCUGUUAUCGAUAUGUCCUCAGGGGCGUCGCGCAACGGCAACGGGGCGAACGCGAACGAAUUAGUUGCUGGAAGUGGUGGCACUAUUAAUGGUCUUUUUGGCGACCCUGUCUACGAACUGAAGCAGAAAAUGGCUAGCCCUAAGUGCCUUUCGGUUCAAGGGACAACUACACGGACACGAGGAUCGCCACCCGCAUUCCAAAAAAGCUAUCUUUACCGUACGCUCGAAGCCAGAAACGAGUACGCCAAGCAAGUAGCCGGGAGACCUCUCUAUGCGGUUGUAAAUAAUGUUGCUACUUCAUCAGGGAGAGCAGCAACCAAUAUGAUGAAGACGCGUGGCGGUGGCACAAGUAAUAUGGUGACACACGACACCAGGAGUUCAGUUUCAACAAAUUACACGACAGGAGGUCAAGUUCAGUCUGGAGGUGGUGGCGGAAAUUCGAGUUUUGUUCAUCCUGUAGAAAGAGAUGUUGCGCAGGAGGAUCAGAAUCAACGAGCUAGUACGUCUUCAUCUUCAGCUUUUUCUAGGUAUUUUGCGAUGAAACAUAGAGAACAGUCUCUGUCACCACAGAAGCCACAACACGCACAACCUUCUGGAGGAAAAGGUGUUGGAGCAAAGAACAAAGAUAGGAUUGCGCAUGGUGCGCCACAACAGAACAACUAUCAGCUGUUCUAUUCGAACGAGCAGGCCGUGCAGGACCAAGGUCAUCAAUGUGGAAAACUUGCUGAGCCUGCUGACUCGCCAAACUUGAGCGAAAUCGAGUUACUGCACAGUGAGGCAAAAGCUCAUGUUGGUAUGACGGGGUAGUUCAGUCACUGAAAUGGUUAAACUGGGUACAACUCCUACUCAAGUUUUCAGUCUGUAAGUAAGAUAACGGAUGUAGAAGAAUCCCCAAUCCAUCGAUCCUUCCUGCAGUCCUUCUUUCAUCUACGUUACGAAGAACAGCCAUAGUGCGAACAAAAACGCAGCAGCUGUGCCGCGGUUGGGAUUACCAGGAUCACAGAUUGGUCCGACCGACGACAUCUUUAGACAGCGAGGGUUAGCUACAAUCGCAGAGCAACAGCAGAACUCUCAUUCGCAACAGAACUCUCAACAGACACAACAAGGUCAAGGUCCUUUCGUACACAUGCAGGAUGGUGACCAUUUACUUGCAUUGUCGCCAUUGGCAGAGCAUCUUCUAGGAGCAGGACGGCGCAGUGGAGACCCGACACGACGCGAAGAGGGUACUAGUGCUUCUUCGUCGUCUUCCUCGAGUACUAGUGGUCCUCCUCAUGCAGAAGGUUGUCAAGAAGUGCUCUACAAUCAGUUUUCUGCUUCAAGAACAAGGGCCUACAAAGCUAAAAGGGAUGGCACUACUAGCAACGUGGCACGACCUGAAAAGUCUUGGUCGGACAUGGGUGCAACUUUGUUGGCAGAGAGCGCCGCACCACUGGCCCAAGACCCAUUCGCUAGUAGUUCUUGCGCAACGAGUACGAACAACGGAGGGCAACGAAGUGGCUCGUCAUCAUCGGCAGCUUCAGUAUCCGGACAACCAGUCCAGCCUUCGUCCAGCAGUAGCAGUGUUGCUGACGGGACGAGCACGAGUCCUCUCCCUUCGGCAGCGGUUGUUUCCGGAACAACAACUGCGAAAAUGGUAGCAAAGGACCACCAAAAAGAUGAAGCAUGGCGAGAGCAUCGAGAGCAGCCGAAUACAAUAGUCGGUCGAACGCGAACUCAGUUACAGGAAUUCGAGCAAGAGGUGUCUUUUGAGCUUUCUCCUUCACCGAUGGUGGACUCACCUCCUGACGAAGGUCUAUUAAGGGUAGGUUAAAGGUGCUUUUGCUAUACCGUUUGUUAUGGCUCUACUCUCCCUUAGGAGGUGGGGACAGCCAUAACAAGCGGGAUAAACGAACACCAAAAACCUACCUCUAAGUCUAGUUCUUCUUGAUAGUACGAAAAGUAGCAAAGGAGGAGCGACGAAAGCAGAUAUGCCGCAGCCAAAUGAUUACCACGUCCCAAUGAGUAUAAGAAACUGCGAUAGUAUGAAUAUGAUCAGUACUAGCAAAACUUCCUCCAAUACGUCCAAGCAACAAGGCUCUUCUGAACAAGUACAAGCGGUCAGGGAACAAGUUCAGGAUUGUGAGCAGCAGAUGAAAAGGAGUAGUCCGCCAUCUCUGUUUGGAAACCGGCCUGCUCGCAUGAGGAACGCAGCAGCAUUUUCCGCUAGCGCUUCAAAAUCUUCGCCGUCGCCGCAGCAGCAAGAAGAGCUGUUGUCCCUUCGUCGCAUGCUAGAGGAAAAAGAAUCGCGCUUGUCCGAGUUGCAGAAGCAGAUAUUGCAACCCGAUGAAGUGCGCAAACUCGCAACCCUAUUGGAGGAGCUGAAAAAUCGCAGAGAAGAAACGGGAAAAUCGCCAGCGAGUGUGAUCAGGUAGAAGAAGAUGAAGAAGGAGAAGCCUAGCGACAAAAGAAAAUUAUUGCACUAGAAGUAGUUUCUCUAGAGUAGUUUGAGUUUCAGUUUUUUUGUUUAUAUCACAUGUCUUUUUUUUGAUUUUGAAUAAAUAUGGAGGAGGUUCAUCGGUGUUCGGAAUAAUUCUGGUCUAUCAUUACGCAGAUUUCGUGACGGUAAGGUUACGAUUAUACGUAUGUUGAUAUUGAUUUCACUGAUGAGUGGAAACACAUUGUGCAAAUUUUUCAUCUGUCUCGCAAAGAGAGGUUAGAUUCGCAAGUAUGUGCGCCAAUAACAAAACUAAUAUUCACAUUGAUUUUUUUCGUUUCACAAUAGAGCAAGUGACAUCUGCUUCGCGUCAAUAUACUGUUAAAGUUAGAGUGGCAGUUUGGAGUUACGUAAAUAUGAGUUUGAGUAUGGAGGACAUGAUCGAGGACUCAGUUUGUAGGGGUAAACAAGCAUAGGAUUUCGGUUAAGAAGAUUGUCGUCGGCAUUGUGAUACCACGACACGAUGACCGUCACGAGCCACAAUAAAGGGUGUUACAAUGAAG